AUGUUGCUUAAGGUUGGUUACGCUGCACCUGAGUCUGCUCAAGAUGAUGAAACAUGCCUUUGCAGUUGUCAUUCAUCUAUGAUCCCUGCAGUUGUUAGCAGCUUGAUUUACAUCAAGGGGAGGAGAAACAUGGAGCUAGUUCCUUCAGAAUUGAAGAAAUUGUGGAAGGAGUGGGAACUAAGCAUCUUGGUUCUACUUAGCCUUGUUUUGCAGAUAGCACUGAUCUUUUUUGGCAAUCGGAGGAAGGCUACAAGCCGAACUAGGAUUUGGUUCCUUUUAUGGUGCGCCUACUUGAUGGCUGAUUGGGUAGCAACUGUUGCACCUGGGGUUCUCUUAAACAAGCUCGGAGAGGCCACUAAAGACAUGGGAAGACGUCGAGUUCUGAAUGUGUUGCAUUUAGGUGGCCCUGACACCAUUUCUGCACAAUCAGCUGUGGUUGAGGCACUUUCUUGGAUUAGCAGUCCAAACUUGAGUUGCAGUCUACAUUUUCUUUAUGGCCUGGAGAGGUUAUCAUCUCUCCAUUCUUAA